UACUCAUUAUUUUAGUCUGGGCCCGAAGUUGCACAGCACAUGUAAUACAAAUCGCGAAUGGACUGACUUCCUCUCGUCGUUCGAGCGAAGCAGCUUUAAAUUUUUCGAUUAAACUGUGUGCGUUUAUUUUUUAUUAACUAAUUUAAUUAUUUAUUCGAAAUACAACAUAGCCGGUUAUAGUGAUCGUGUGAUCUAGUUAGUGGCUAAGGAAGAUCUGUUCUUUUAGGUAGUUAUGUGGUGUGUCUUUAUUGCAUGUCUAGUUUGGCAAAGAAAAAGAAGUUUGCAUUUUAAACAAAAACACUUUUUUGAGUAUGGAAAUUUAACCAAAAUGCAACAUAUAGAAUAACCAUUUAACAAGAAAAAGGGAAUAGAUAGAUAAAUAUAUUAUAAGGGGAUAGGCGUGUGGCUUCGACUACAAGAUGACCCAAGAAACGUUAAAGCUGGAACCUAUAGGUGGUAACAAAGAUGCCAGUGAGGCUUCGACAUUAUUGGAGAAACGGGACCCGAAUAAGGCAGAAAGAGCAUCGGACGACUAUGAUCCGCACGUUUACAGAGAAGUUGAGGCACCAACAACGAAUGCAGAGACACUUAUUCAUCUGCUGAAAGGAUGUCUGGGGACUGGAAUUCUGGCAAUGCCAGAGGCUUUCCUGCUUUCCGGGAUGAUAAAUGGUAUAAUUUCCACGUUUCUUAUAGGAAUACUUUGCGCUUACUGCCUUCACGUUUUAGUGAAAGCCCAGUAUAUACAAUGUAAAAAAUUGAAGGUUGCUUUGCUUACUUAUCCAGAUUCCAUGAAAGUGGCUUGUGAAAUGGGUCCACAGUGCCUUAGAGGCUUCGCACCUUAUGCACCAGGCCUGACCAACUUCUUCCUCAUCUUCUACCAGAUGGGCAUUUGUUGCGUGUACGUCGUGUUCGUUGGCAAGAACUUGAAGUACGUCGGGGACGUCUACACCUCGUCGCCAUGGAGCCUCUACCUCUACAUGGUGCUCAUCUUCGUACCGUUCGUGCUCAUCCUCUGCAUCAAGAAUCUCAAAUUGCUGGCGCCGUUCUCCGUGCUGGCCAACGUGAUUACUCUGAUCACGUUCGGAGUGGUUUGCUGGUACAUUUUCCGUGGCCUGCCUGAUUUCAGCGACAGGCCUGCUGUGGGGGCCGUGGCGGAUUAUCCGCUGUAUUUUGGAACCACGCUGUUCUCUCUGCAAGCUGUGGGAGUGGUUAUAACAUUAGAAAACAACAUGGCCACUCCCAAAAACUUCCGAGAGCCUUGCGGAGUACUAAACGUUGGUAUGAGUUUGGUAACCGUCAUUUAUGUUGGCAUGGGCAUGAUGGGCUAUUGGAAGUAUGGAGAUCAAAUAGAAUCCAGCAUAACGAUGAACUUUCCAAUCAAAGAACUGUUGGCUCAAAUUAUUAUUAUAUCAUACUCAAUAGCUAUUUACAUCUCGUACGGCUUACAAGGCUACGUUCCAGUCCAAAUUGUUUGGACCAACUAUAUUGUCAAGCGACUAGAUAAUACCAGUGAGAAAAUGAAGACUUGUUACGAGUACCUUUUACGUAUAGCUUGCGUAGUCAUAACAUUUGUUCUGGCGAUGACAGUGCCCCUUCUUGGACUCUUCAUCUCCCUCGUCGGUUCCUUCUGCCUCUCAGCUCUGGGAAUCGCCUUUCCUGCCAUCAUAGAACUUUGCGCAAAUUGGCCAGAAAAUUCCAACCCCAAGACCUUACUUUUCUGGAAAGACAUGCUGCUCAUCGUCAUUGGUGUUGUUGGACUGUCAGCUGGCAGUUACAGCGCUAUCUACGCCAUAGCUCAGAAACUUGCCUCUGGAAAUUAUUAGGAGAUAAAUAACGUGAAGUUGUUAUUGGGGUUAUCCAGAAAUUACGUCACACGUUUUUUUAAGAAUUUUAGACAUCUCAUUACAUCUAGAUCAUCAUAUAUUUAUGCAGCUCUUUCAUUCGGCCAAGUGAUGUUACAAACAAUCAUGUUAUAGUAAUAGCACAGAGCCUAUUCAGUACCAGCUAGCGAUCAUUGCUAGUGUUUUUAAGUAUUGUCAUCAGGGUUCGGAAGUAGUUAAUUAAGACGUAAUUUACCUGAUUAAGUGUAGUUUUUCUUCAAAAACUACCUUUUUCCCGUUCAUUAGCUACAUAAAAACUACUUUAAUA